AUGUCUACAGCGAUUCUUCAAUCACCUACUUCUUCCCCCGUUCCGUCAACGAUCCAGAGCGUCGGCGGAAGCGGAGGACGCGUGGAAACUUUGAGGCUAUAUACAGACUCCAAUGCCACGUUCUACUUUAGACGGCUUGCCUGGAGUCCUGACGGAAGCUUGUUGCUAACCCCUGCGGGCAUAUUCGAGCCACCAAAUGAGUCGACAUCAACACAGGACCAGCCGAUCCGCAAUUCCAUCCCUUCCACUUCCUCGACUAAACGAAAAGCGAACGAGAACGAGAUCCCGUCCGCGAACGCGUCGGGUCCACGACCGACUGUGUAUCUCUACAGCCGUGCGAACAUCACGAGGCCACCCAUCGCCCAUUUGCCCGGUCAUCGCACCACGAGCAUCGCUGUUCGAUUUUGCCCAGUGCUGUGGAGGCUACGCGACUUUGACGAAUCCGGUGUUCGCCACGGUGAAGGUCUGCAGAGCCAACACGAGGUCAACGAGCCCUGCGUGGUGAUCGAUCUCAGGCGCGGCGAGACCGUAUGUGCGGAUCUUGGCAGGCCCUCUGCCGCCUCUACUUCAAAAGCCGAGGACUGGGACGGAGACGGGGACGGAGACGAGGACAAUGACGACUGUGAAGUGAUCGAGCCACAACUUUCAGGCGGUUCAGAAGGUCUAAGAGGCCCAAAGCAAGCCUCUAUCUCCGACGCCUUGCCGUCGCCCGUUGUUCUCUUCGAUUUACCCUACCGCAUGAUCUACGCCGUCGCCACGAUGGAUUGCGUCUACCUUUACGAUACUCAACAAGCCAGCCCCAUCGCGAUGUUUGCCAACUUGCAUUACGCUCCUUUCACUGAUCUUGCGUGGUCCCCCGAUGGUCAAACCCUCGUCCUGUCCGCAGAGGAUGGGUACUGUACGGUCGUGGCCUUUGACGAACACGAGCUCGGAAUACCACACGACGUGGACGGUGCGCACGAGCUUCCAGCCCUGCCGGCGACGAUGGCUGCUUUCGACGGUCCGAUCGCUGUCCAGCCACCUUCUGGAUUUGCGACAGUUACAACUCCAGCACCUGCGGCGCUGCCUGCGUUAUUCGCUUCAAUGACCGGGGGCACAGCGCUUUUGGAGGUCCCUGGCGACAAGCGAGCUGCAACAAACGAAGCAGGUCAUACACCUACAAACGAACCGCCCAAGAAGAAGAAGAAGGCGGUCCUCGUGCAUCAUGGGCCCCUUGGUAGCUCGAUGACCGGAUAG